AUGUCACGCUGCCAGACAGUUUUAUAUGUAAACCUAAUCGCUUGGUUAUUUAUUAAAUUAUGUACGAUUAGCCAUGAAAUGUACCAAGUUCAUAAGAUAAAUUCAAUUAGUACUAAUCGCACUAGAUCGUAUAUAAAAAAGGCUGUUGAGACUGAUGCUUUUAGUGUAAGUUCUAAGAGCAGAAGAAACAAAGGCAUGGAGGAUUGUGAAAUUAUUGGAAUGAUAUUCGAAAUCAUUGGCGAUAUGCUGUUUGGCAGUGAUACCUCAUCAUCAUCAGAUGAUGACUAUGAUUCGUCAAGCACCUAG